AUGUCUCAGAGCAGGGAUGUCUCUCUCGGAGGUCAGUGGCCAGAGAACGGCUGCGCGGCGGGCGGCGGCGGCGGCGCGGAGGGCGGCGGCGUGGCGCUGAAGCGCAACAUCACGCUGCUGAACGGCGUGGCCAUCAUCGUGGGCACCAUCAUCGGCUCGGGCAUCUUCGUGACGCCCACGGGCGUGCUGAUGGAGGCCGGCUCGCCGGGGCUGUCGCUGGCCGUGUGGGCGGCCUGCGGCGUCUUCUCCAUCGUGGGCGCGCUCUGCUACGCCGAGCUGGGCACCACCAUCUCCAAGUCGGGCGGCGACUACGCCUACAUGCUGGAGGUGUACGGCUCGCUGCCCGCCUUCCUCAAGCUCUGGAUCGAGCUGCUCAUCAUCCGGCCCUCGUCGCAGUACAUCGUGGCCUUCGUCUUCGCCACCUACCUGCUCAAGCCGUUCUUCCCCACCUGCCCGGUGCCGCUGCCGGCCGCCAAGCUCGUCGCCUGCCUCUGCGUCCUGCUGCUGACGGCGGUGAAUUGCUACAGCGUGAAGGCUGCCACCCGCGUGCAGGACGCCUUUGCGGCCGCGAAGCUCCUGGCCCUCGCCCUCAUCAUCACGCUUGGCUUCAUACAGCUGGGGAGAUGUGAAGUGCCAAAUCUGAGCCUUGAAAAUUCCUUCGAUGGCACGAAGACAGAGGUCGGGAAUAUUGUCCUGGCCUUGUACAGCGGUCUCUUCGCUUAUGGCGGCUGGAAUUACUUGAAUUUUGUCACAGAGGAGAUGAUUAAUCCUUACAGAAACCUGCCUCUGGCAAUAAUCAUUUCUCUGCCCAUCGUGACCUUGGUUUACGUCUUGACCAAUCUGGCUUACUUCACAACGCUCUCGGUGGACGAGAUGCUGAACUCCGAAGCCGUCGCUGUGGACUUUGGGAACUACCACCUGGGCGUCAUGGCCUGGAUCAUCCCUGUCUUUGUCGGCCUGUCGUGCUUCGGUUCGGUCAACGGCUCGCUUUUCACCUCCUCUCGGCUUUUCUUUGUGGGUGCCCGCGAAGGUCACCUUCCCUCAGUUCUGUCCAUGAUCCAUCCCCGGCUCCUCACUCCCGUGCCUUCGCUCAUCUUCACGUGCACGAUGACGCUCCUCUACGCCUUCUCCAACGACAUCUUCUCCGUGAUCAACUUCUUCAGCUUUUUCAACUGGCUCUGUGUGGCCCUGGCCAUCAUCGGCAUGCUGUGGCUGCGAUACAAGCACCCGGAGCUGGAGCGGCCCAUCAAGGUGAAUCUCCUUCUGCCCAUCUUCUUCAUCCUCGCCUGUAUCUUCCUCAUCGUCGUCUCCUUCUGGAUGACUCCUGUAGAGUGUGCGAUUGGGUUUGCCAUCAUUCUCAGCGGGAUCCCGGUUUACUAUUUUGGUGUCUGGUGGGAAAACAAGCCGAAGUGGCUUCUUCAGGGCAUAUACUCCAUAACAGUUCUGUGUCAGAAAUUGAUGGAGGCUGUCCCACAGGAGUCCUAAAGACAAGAAAAUCGUCAGCCUUUGGUUCAAGCCAACGCACAAGAUUAUUUUAAAAACACAUGUACAUCUGAUUCCUCCUUUAAAAAAAAGUCGACUCCCGGCACUUAGUGGAGAGCACUCCCUAGAAUCCGGAUGGCUGCACGGCUCGCCCCGCCCCGUACCUUGCUUCCUUCCCUCACUCAAGCCAAGCAGCUGACAAGAUGCAGGAGGAGACGACAUCCGGGUGCAAAAGAAAUUCAGGAAGAGAAGCUCCUGCUGGGAACCUCUGAGGCCCCAAUAAACCCACCUGCAGCGAAGCUGAUAGACAUUUGUUUGCAGGUGCAAGUACGGAUCGGAGACCUCAUCCUCUUCCCAAUUGCGCAUCUUUCCUUAGUUUACCGGCUUCAUGUGCUCAUCCUGGAUUGCUUUACAUGCAGAAAACCAACUUGCCAAGGCGCACCGGCACCCCACCACUUCUUCCCACGUCUGCAGAAUUGGCAGCACGCAGCGUGGCUGAUCCAUUCGGCAAUGCAGGGUCUCCUCGGGAAAGGGGUUCUCCCAACCCUACACUCCUCCGCACAACCAGACUGGGCCUGCAGAAACACACACAAGCAAACAAACAUUGGUGCUGUUGUCCCGUCGCGAAUGUGCAGAAAUUCGACACGUUCCACUCCUGGGAUGUGGCUGUCCCACCCUGGACCUUUUUUUUUUUUAAGUAUUUUUGUUGUGUAUUUUUUAGGGCUUUGUUUUUUAAACUCCCCUCCCCUUCAGACUCCCACGUUGUUUCUGUGUUGUAUCGACUUAGAACGAGCAUUUAUAUGUUGUCCUGUUUGUGAUGUCACGAUUCUCCUGCGCAAAGCACAGCACUGUUUUGGGUGCUGUGUGAAAGCCUCCGCCAGUAGACUUGCUUCAAAUCCACACAACGUGUCCCGGGAGGUUUCCGCAGUAGCUCCUGAUGGCAAACGCGGGCCCCUGGCAUUGCAGCCGAAGGCGGAAGUCCUGCUUGAGUCGGGUUACCUGGCUUCGGCUUUCGGCCACCCAGGAGACCAGCUGAGCUAACCAGCCCCGUGGUUAUGCCAAUUCCUUUCCUUCUUAUGCACACAAUGUGGGCAUUGUUGUGGGUUGUCCGUGUGCUCUUGUGGGGUGGGAAGCGACUGUUCCGUGUGACGAGGGCUUGGAGGAUGAAGAUGUGGAAGGCCUGGGAUCAUUGCUCCUGGGCACCUUGAGGGACCUGGCUCUAGUCGGGCGCACGGAGGGUCCAGCGCAGCCUUGGUGACGCAGCAGUUGGCACUUGUGAGCUCCAGUUAAGAGGCCCAGCCUGCAUGCUGCAGUCAUUUUGCUCCCGCUCCUGCUUCAGUGCACCCACCCCAUGCUCCUCCAGCGCGUUCGACUACAGCUCCCAUCAUUCCCAGACAGGCUGGGAAUCUUAGGAACCCUGAGUCGAGCACAGCUGGAGGGUGCCGAGCUUGCAAAGACGUUUAGGACUUCCUGCAGCAAAAGACGGGACCAAGUCACUUGGAAGGCUUGUGUAGUUCUAGGAAUCCCUUUGUGCCAUUUUGGCGUUUGAUUUUCUUUUUGCCUGUGGGAACAGACUGUCUGGACUGUCAUCCUCUAGAUUUUGUUGAAAGAGUUUGUUAAUUAAAACAUUGCUGCUGGGGGUGCUGCUUCCCAGGCCAUGGAACUCGUUAGCUCAUCUCAGUUUCCGAGAUGUGGGGGAGCUCGUGAUUUUCUUACCUCAGCAGAGGAAAUUCAUUGUGAUGUCACUCCAUUUAUGGGGAGGGGGUCUUUAAAAAAUAGGUAGGCUGUUAGGCCACCUGGCUAUUGAGGGGGAAGCUGUAAGAGAGUAAACCUUCCAUCUUGGAAGGAGAAGCAUCGGCCUUCAGUGUAUCCGUAUUUUGUCUGGCUUCUAUCAGUGACGUAUUCAGCUUUGGAGAAAAGUUGCUACUUGGGUUGGCGCUGGCAUCGUAGGAGAAAAGAUUCCACUCGCUGUCCCAGUGCACCAUGGUCCUGAUAUAUUCCCUAGCAAACAUUUAGUGCGGUAUUUUUGUGCUUUGCUUUGCUUUGCUUUUAAGAUGCACAAUUUCGUUUGGCACACGUCGUGUCAGAUGUACUUAGACUGCACACUUUCAACAUUUUGAAGGGUCGUGGAUUUCCCACUCCCAAGCAACCCUGAGCAGUCGCCAUGUGGGAGCAGUUCUUGGAGCCCUUCGGCAGAGAUCUUGGCCUCUUCACGAAACUCCAGCCUGCAGCAGUUUGGGGCAGCAGAGAGGAAAUCAAGGGAGUGGAAGCGAAUUUAAAUUUUGAGCGCAGUCCCAUCAUGGGGAUAAUUUUCACACACUCUAUAAAAACCAGUGACAACCAGGAGGAUCCCUAUUAUCUUCUUCACUCAAGAAGGAGACAGAGACCCAGCCCGUCAGCCCUUCUUUUCUGGUUUCUACCAUUCCAUUACAAAAGGAGCGGAAAAAACCUGAAUGUUUAAAUUAACCCAAGAUGCCCCGAACACGAAUCAGCGUGCCAGUGUCUUGGUGCGAUGGUUUUCUUGUUUGGAAUGGCCAUCCAAUGACCCUGGGGGAGGGGAAUUACAUCUUUUUAGUCAUGGUGGCCAGCAUAGGAGAAUGCCCAAAGAAUCGGGGAGCUCUUUGCUGUAAAGACAGGUGUAUCUAACACAUCCCACUGGUAGCACCUAAGAGUAUCUCUCUGCCUGUCUUGAGGUAGUGUCAGGUUGGUCUGAACCUGGGGCGGGGAGCCAAAAUCCAGCGUGGCACUGGGGAGAUUGGGGAGACCCGCUUCCAGUCCCCGCUCAGGUGUGCGUCCGCCAGGUGUUCCUGGGCGUGGUUGCCACAGAUGGCACCUGUGCCUGCGCAGCACCCAUUUUCAGGAAGGCUCUCCGCUCGAAGGGUUUUUGGCGGGAAAUCCGCUCCCCUUUCCCCGUCCAGACGGACGACUCCCGCCAGCCUGCUUUCGACCGCCGCUCACUCUGCCUCAGAGUCUCUUCACAAAAGUUCUCUCACAAUUUGUUUAUCUUUAAAACUUUUCUUGUAGUUUUAUCCUGAAUACUAUCUAAGGGUCAGGCACAACUUCACGACUAACAGCAGCAGCACUGUCUCCUCAGGACCCUGUUUUUACCUCACAAACUACCUUUCCCCUGCCCUCACAAAUGACCCCACCAAAACAAAAGAACAUUAAAAAAAACCCACUUUUGUCUCCCUCACCCCAUUUUCCCUGCGUUUCUUCGAGGGCGCAGUGUGCAGCCUUCCGAAAGGGCACGCGGUGAGCGAAAAUGGCGCCUGCCGGCCCUCGUUCGCUCUGCCGGCCGGCCCUUCCCUCCAGGCUCGCAAGAACCGGGGAAAUCGCCUCAGAAAGCUGCUGUGGACCCAGCUUAGGUGGCGAUGAGACUCGCCUCCCUUGCAGGGUUGUUGUGAUGAAAAAGUCAAAGGGGGAGCUUUGUGAACUCCUGGGGGUCCCUUGCAAGAGCAAGAAAAGGGGGGUGUAAAUGCAGUGUACUAUGGCUACUGCUAACACUCAGGGUGAGGCAGGGGAGCCCCCUGGGCCAUGUGGGUCAGGGAGCAUGUGAGUGCAGCCUGACGCCAAGGAGGCAUGGCGGUGCCCCUGGGAAUUUGGUUCCUGGCUGCUCCAGAGGGAAAUCUCCUCUACUCCCCCCACACAUUUCCCCCCUCUGGGGAGAGGGCCCCAGUCCAAUUCCCUGGCUCCUGUGGGAAGGAGGAGCGGGGAGUGAUGGGAUUCCUUUGGUCCCCCCUCCAUCACUGGGACCGCAUGGCUGGCUGGGGAUGCUGGGAGUCUGGGUUGGCCCACAGGCCAGAUUUGGGCUAGCCUAGGGUGUAAGCUCCAGGCUUCCACCUAUUUUCCGACAUGCUCCAGAGCAACAAGUCUUUUUUCCUAGCUGAUUGUAUUAUAUUAACUUGUACGGUGGGGUGUUUGUGUGUGUGGGGGGGGGGGCUGUUUUUCUUUCUCGUAGAGCUUUGUACAUAAGGAUUUUGAAAUAUGGUAACUCUUCUCCCAAAUGGGUGAAGUAAUCUCGUUAAAGCAGAACAGCAGGCAUUUGUGGCCUUUUCUCUCUUGUGGUGCCAAGAACGGCGGGGUCUAAUAACUGGGGCGCCACAGACGCCGGGCACGAUCACAGGGUGUAUUCCUAAUUCUUCAUGACCGCCAUGAGUUGUUUAUGGCACGCCGCGGAUGAUUGUGUCCCAAAUGUUCCAUCCACUUUCAGUGUUGCGAAACAGCUUCUGUCUUCGUGUUGUUCUCAAAGUAUUAACUUCGGGAGAACUAGUUGCCAUUACGUUUUCAAUUUCCAAAUGGCGUGGCUGUCAGAAAUGUUGAUGCCUGUGAUAGAUUGCCCUUUCAGAGGAGUAUUUGUGUUUUUUUACAACAUUCCUUAUUACCUGCGGCGUGUUGAUCCUACAUGCAUGUUGGAGGAAAGCUACUUGCUACUGACGUACAGUGCAAACACCCCGUUGAAAAAUUGGGAACAGGCGCAUAACAUAAAAUCAAGAUCAUGGGAAGAGCUUUUCUGACGAGCAAGCUUUUGUGUUUUAUUCCCCCUUCCAUCCUUCACUGAAAAUUCAGUGUUUCAUCUGGACUUACUCAUUGAGUAGUCUCACUGAAAUCAGUGGAAGUUACAUUAGCCAUGAGAAACUAAAGACCUGGCUGAUUUCAGAGAGUAUUCAAGUCUGUGGCCAACCCUCAAGUUUGAGAAAAAAUGCCCACCCAAACUCAGUGUCUGGGUUUGCUCCAGAGACACUGGAUGAGUUGUGCAGAUGGAUGUGGGACCUCCCCACCAGCCCCAUCUGCCCCUGAACACGCCAUAUGCGUCAGGGAACCUUGCUCUUCCUCUCCCAGGAGCAGAACUUUGCCUGUGUUCAGACCAUGCAGUCAUCCAUGGCUUGUCCGCCACAGAACCCACGAAGAUACCCUGUGGUUUGUGAACUGUGAGUUGUUAGCUGGGUUCACACAAUGCGACUACCCAUAUUCAACAACAACUCAUACUCAGCCCUUGAGCACGGGUGAUGUGGUGUAAACCCACUUUUGGCGCCUUCAUACACUCAUGCAACCAGAAUGCAAAAUAUUCCAAUUCUUGUUGCUGGCAACUUAAAUCGUUGAGGGCAUCUGCCUUGGAGAAGAUUGGUUCGAGCAGCGGUAAAGGAUGCUGGUGGAAAGUUUCAGGUUUUCUGACUGCACCAGUGCCCUUCUCCCUUCCAGAACACUACUCUUAAACUUGCUUAUAUUUAUUUUGAUUUUCUGCAAGCUCCAACACAGUUGCUUGUGCAUUCUUAAUGGAAUGUGUAAAUUUUUCUUUAAGUCACAACCCUAUGAGCACCUAGGCAGGAAAAAGGCCUGCGACUUUUCUGUCCGCACGCACCAAUGUUGCGCCUCGGAGCUGUGCCAACAGAAUGUAUUGUGAACUGAGCACGGUCACUUUCAUGCCUUAACUUUCUUGAAAACUUCUGUGAAAAGAAGUGGCCAAAGGCUCAUGAAGUUUCCUGCAGGAGCUCAGAGGGAGUUGAUGACUGAAGCUGUCGCUUGCUUUGGUAACUCCAAACCUAGCACCCUGCAGAUGUGCUGGACUGGGGAUGCUGGGAGUGGUAGGCCUGCUUAUUUAUGUAUUGCAUCUCCAUGCUCCCCAGCAAUUGACGCUCUCUGGGCAGUUCGCAGCAGGGCCAGGGAAGCUGCACUAGGGACCAUUUGGAGGAGAACAGCAUCCUCCACGGUUUUUCUUGGGAGCCUUUGAAUAGCGUUUGUGAUAAGUCAGCUUUACGAUUUGGCAGUUGGGGCCAAACUGGGCUUGAGGCACCACUAAGAGUGGAGAACCAGGAAAUAGGAAGUCAUCCCUCACGGGGCCAGGAUGUUCUGCGGAGCAUCAUUGGAAACAGCAGUGCUUGGGAACGCCUGUUCUUCCUCUCGGCGAGGCUGACCACCUUGUUAACGAAGGCCAAGGGCCGGUGUUGUGUUUAGGGCAUGCAAAAUGUCUCUGAACGGCGGGACUCUUGCUAAGUGGCCCAGCCAGCCAUACCUUCCUACUCCGUUCCAACCUCCUUUUUGGAAUGCAUAAUAUAUCUAAGAAGCUUCAUCGUUUUCUGCAGAUGUCAUGAGAUGACUCUGUAAAUGUCCAUCAGUAGCCUCCCCAUAAAGAAGUUUGCAGCUCAACUCUUGGGUUGGGGGGGGGGGAGUCUGCUGGGGUCCCAAAAUCAGCAAUACGCCCAAAGAGUGUCAUUUAGCACGCUGGGUGGGGGGUGGUUUUUGGGGUGGAACCCAGGACAGGCGGCGGGUGCAACCCACGUUUCAUUGGGCACCUCCGUAUUCUCAACGGGAGCGUGGCGUUCCUGUGCUUUUGAUUGCUUCAGCAGUUUACUCCAAAGCAUCCCAGCGUUGCUUUCCUGUCCCUCCUGUCUUUUAAGUUUGGCAGCAGUUAAGUGCUGCUUCCCUUCAUCCCUCAAAAUGGGAGAAACGACUCCCAUUCUCCCAUUCCUUGUUCCCAGUCCUUGUGCAGGGGACUCUCAGAAUAUAAUCUGACUCCUUAUAAAUCUAUAUUGACUUUUAAUAUAGUUUUUUUUUGUUUUGAGAGUUUUUAACGUAAGAAAAAUAUAGACCUAAUUGUAGGAAGGUGUAUUUUUUGUUACACUUGAAAAAAUAUAUUUUGACUAAUUUAAUGAUUAUCCUAGAUUUUAAAGGGGUAAAUAUCUUAAGUGUCUCAGGCCAGAGAGGUUUUAUGAAUACGGUGUCUGCAUUUGUCCAUAGAGCUUCUGUUUCAAGAUUUGUGCAGCUUUGGGUUUUUAUCUCUUCUUCAGUAAAAGCAAGUCAAUUCUGCCUUGUAAGCAUCGCGCAACAAUGUGCCGUGUGUUUGUUUUUUCCCUUCAUUGUUCAUGACUAACUAUUGCUGUUACAUUUUGAAUGUUCUGGUUUUUAUUUGAACAAAGUAUUCUGAAUUACA